AUGGUCGCCAGCCUCGUCAACGACCUGCUCGUCCUCUGCCCCAACGCCGAGCUCGGCUGCCCGACCACCUGCGCGCGCUACCUCCUCGCCGGUCACCUCCGCGACGCAUGCGGCUUCGUCGAGGUCAAGUGUAGCGGCUGCGACGACCUUGUGCUGAGGAAAGAUGCGGCCGAGGAGGACUGUAUGCACCAGGUGCUCGAGUGCGCGUACUGCUUUGAGAGCUUCAGGAGGAUCGAUAUGGAGGCGCACGAAUCCCACUGCCCCCAGAUCCUCGCCGAAUGCCCCUACUGCACCACCGACCAGACGCGCGCCACCAUCACCGCGCACACCGCCGCCUGCCCCGCCGCGCCCACAGCCUGCGGCGCCAGCACCAUCGGCUGCCCGUGGGCCGGCGCGCGGCGCGACCUGCCCGCCCACGCCUCCAUCUGCGCGUUCACGCUCCUCCGGCCCGUGCUCGCCGCGCACACGGCGCGCCUCGAGACGCUGGAGCUCGAGAACCGCGCGCUGCGCAAGAAGAUCGAUAUCCUGCUGCCGCCGGGGCGCGACGACGACGGGCCCGUCUACGACGACCAGACGAUCCAGCUGCUGACGGAGCAGGAGCAUCUGCGCGGCGAUGUGGAGCGCCUGAGUGCGAGCUUGGGCGAGAUGGAGAUUAAGCAGAGUAUGUUGCUGAUGAACGAGACGCUGAGGACGAAGGAGGAGAUGGCGGGGAUGCGCGCGGCGAUUAAUGGGAUGAGGAUGCAGAUCCAUUGGUUGUUGACGGCGAGGCUGCAGAGGGCGGGGCCGGGGCCGGGGCCGGGGGAGAGGGCGGAGGGGGCUGGGAGUGUGAGGAGGGUGCCGGAGGGGGCGGCGGGGGCGCAGGGGGAUAGGGUGAAGCUUUAG